AUGCUGGUGAAAUGAAAAACGAGAAGCAUGAAAGCGUCCUUUACACCAGAUCAGCUGUUUAUAUAAACACAAUGUUAUCUUCAUGAAGCAACUUUCUUUAUCAAGAGAACCAUUAUUUCUGUCUUUUUAUUUUUUGUAGCCACUGUUACAUCACGACAGAGAAGUGACGAGCACUUUUGGUGUCAUCAUUAGGGUAGUUCUCUCACACGUGAUUGUCGUCCUGAGACUAAAUAGCGAAAUUGUAGAGAAGAUUUUUGAUAGAUAGUCCAAACAGAUACUGAAAUUCUGAGUCAAUCCAUGAUGAACACUAUACGCUUCGUAAUAGGUCGACAUCUUCCAGUAACUAAUAACAUGAAACAACUGAAAUAUUUGUCUACAAAAGCAGCAUCACAACCCUUGUCAGAAUCUGUGACUGCACCAAAGACAGCAAUCCUUAUGCUGAACAUGGGUGGUCCCAAGACAACAGAUGAAGUCCAUGAAUAUUUGCUUAGAAUAAUGACAGAUAGAGAUAUGAUUCAACUGCCUGUACAAGGAACAUUAGGUCCAUACAUUGCCAAAAGAAGAACGCCUGAAGUGCAGAAGAAAUACACUGAAAUAGGUGGUGGCUCUCCAAUUCUAAAAUGGACAGAUCUGCAGGGAAAUUUAUUAUGUAAGAAACUUGAUCGUGUGUCACCAGAAACUGCUCCGCACAAACAUUAUAUUGCCUUCCGAUAUGCUAACCCUCUCACAGAAGAAACUCUGGAAAAAAUAGAAAAUGACCAAGUGGAACGUGUUGUCAUAUUCUCCCAGUAUCCACAAUACAGCUGUGCUACAACAGGCUCCAGCUUCAAUGCCAUUUACAAAUACUUUAAAGGAAGACCAUUAAGGAAAGGCUGUCAAUGGAGUGUGAUAGAUCGCUGGCCAACUCAUCCACUGUUAGUUAAGACAGUUGCUGAAAGAAUUCGCACCGAGUUACGAGAAUUUUCUCCUGAUGAACAAAAAAAUGUGAUGAUUUUAUUUUCAGCACAUUCACUUCCACUUAAGGCUGUGAACCGCGGAGAUCCAUAUCCAUCAGAAGUUGGUGCAACUGUACAAGCUGUUAUGAAUGAACUGGGUUACUGCAACCCUUUUAAUUUGGUAUGGCAGUCCAAAGUUGGACCAUUGCCAUGGCUUGCGCCAUUUACUGAUGACGCUCUAAAAGGAUAUGUGAAACAGGGAAGGAAGAAUUUCAUUCUUGUUCCCAUUGCUUUUGUGAAUGAACACAUUGAGACUCUUCAUGAAAUGGAUAUUGAGUAUUGCAAAGACCUAGGAAAAGAGCUUGGAAAUGUGACAAUACGCCGUGCUGCUGCGCCAAAUGACCAUCCACUUUUCAUUGAAGCACUUGCAGAUAUUGUUUUGACACAUCUAAAACGUGGCCAGACAGUUUCACCAAAAUUUUUGACACGGUGUCCACAUUGUGUUAACAUUAACUGUGAAAAAACUAAAUCAUGGUUUCAGGAAAUCUGUAACAAUUAUUGACAUUGAGUGGACUGUCAGUGACUCAAGUCAUCAUUUUGUUUUAGAAGUAUAUGCGAUGAUCAUCAUCUAACAAAACAGUCAACAAAUUGCCCAAUUUACUUUAUUUUUAUUUAUACUGAUACGUUAAAGUAUCCCAUUUUUCCUCAUGGGCUACUGUUUGGUGUAAUUUGUAAGUUGAUGAUAAUUGUUUGCUGUGACUUCUAUUGUGUGGUCUGCAUUGUCAUGAUAGUAACUGGAAUUACUUCAGAAAGACUAUUAAAGAAGUUAUAUUUGUUUA